UCUUCUUCUUCUUCAUGCCGGGGGUCCCGAAAUCAGGAGAGCCCCGCUUUAUAAAUACCCAACUCUUCCUCCUCCCGCUCCCCGUGCCAGUCGGCUAGCUCCCUCUUGCCUUCUCUCGCCCGACCCCGUCAGGAGAUCCAGCCUACGCAUUCUAGCACAAUGGCAUCCCACAUUGUUGGAUAUCCUCGUAUGGGCCCAAAGAGAGAGCUCAAAUUUGCAUUGGAAUCAUUCUGGGAUGGCAAGAGCACAGCCCAGGAUCUAGAGAAGGUUGCCAAAGAUCUGAGGCUAUCCAUCUGGAAGCAAAUGGCUGAUGCUGGGAUUAAGCACAUUCCGAGCAAUACUUUUUCAUACUACGACCAGGUCCUUGAUACCACAGCAAUGCUUGGUGCUGUUCCUCCUAGGUAUGGCUGGAACGGUGGAGAGAUUGGAUUCGAUACCUACUUCUCCAUGGCUAGAGGAAAUGCUACUGUUCCUGCCAUGGAGAUGACCAAAUGGUUUGACACCAAUUACCAUUUCAUUGUGCCUGAAUUGGGACCUGAUGUGAAGUUUUCUUACGCAUCACACAAAGCUGUGUCAGAAUACAAGGAGGCAAAAGAGCUUGGAAUUAACACUAUUCCUGUCAUUAUUGGUCCUGUUUCCUACCUGCUACUGUCAAAACCAGCAAAGGGUGUUGAGAAAUCUUUCUCUCUUCUCUCACUCCUGGGGAAGAUUCUUCCAGUUUACAAGGAAGUUAUCGCUGAAUUGAAGGCAGUUGGAGCAAGCUGGAUCCAGUUCGAUGAACCUACUCUUGUCCUGGAUUUGGACUCACACAAACUGAACGCAUUUACUGAGGCAUACGCUGAGCUGGAGUCAUCCUUCUCUGGCUUGAAUGUUCUUAUCGAAACAUACUUUGCUGAUGUCCCCGCCGAGGCAUACAAGACUAUUACUUCACUGAAGGGUAUCUCUGGCUUUGGUUUUGAUCUUGUCCGUGGUACUCAGACCAUUGACUUGAUCAAGAGCGGUUUCCCAGCUGGCAAGUUCCUCUUUGCUGGAGUAGUCGAUGGAAGGAACAUCUGGGCAAAUGAUUUGGCUGCAUCACUUAGCUUGUUGCAUGAACUCGAGGCCCUUGUUGGCAAGGAUAAGCUUGUUGUUUCCACAUCUUGCUCGCUGAUGCAUACUGCCGUUGAUCUUGUAAAUGAGACAAAGCUUGACGGUGAGAUCAAGUCUUGGUUGGCUUUUGCGGCACAGAAGGUGGUGGAAGUAAACGCCCUCGCCAAGGCAUUGACUGGUCAGAAAGAUGAGGCGUUCUUAUCUGCCAACGCUAGUGCUCAUGCGUCGAGGAAGUCUUCUCCAAGAGUGACCAAUGAAGCUGUUCAGAACGCUGCUGCUGCAUUGAAAGGAUCUGAUCAUCGCCGAGCCACCCCUGUGAGUGCUAGGUUGGAUGCGCAGCAAAAGAAGCUGAACCUCCCCAUUCUUCCAACGACCACAAUUGGGUCCUUCCCUCAGACCAUUGAGCUUAGGAGAGUGCGACGUGAAUACAAAGCCAAGAAGAUCUCCGAGGAGGAAUAUGUCAGUGCAAUCAAGGAGGAGAUCCAGAAGGUUGUCAAGAUGCAGGAAGAGCUUGACAUUGAUGUCCUUGUGCACGGAGAGCCAGAGAGGAACGACAUGGUUGAGUACUUUGGGGAGCAGUUGCAAGGCUUCGCCUUCACGGUCAAUGGUUGGGUGCAAUCUUAUGGAUCACGCUGUGUCAAACCCCCAAUCAUCUACGGUGAUGUGAGCCGCCCGACACCCAUGACUGUGUUCUGGUCCUCAGCUGCUCAGAGCAUGACCAGCCGCCCCAUGAAGGGAAUGCUCACCGGUCCAGUGACCAUCCUUAACUGGUCCUUUGUAAGAAAUGACCAGCCAAGGUUUGAAACCUGCUACCAGAUCGCCCUGGCUAUCAAGGAAGAAGUCGAGGACCUAGAAGCUGCUGGAAUUCAGGUCAUCCAAAUUGAUGAGGCUGCUCUGAGAGAAGGGUUGCCAUUGCGGAAGUCGGAGCAGGCUUUCUACCUAGACUGGGCUGUCCACUCAUUCAGGAUCACAAAUGUUGGUGUUAAGGACACCACCCAGAUCCAUACCCACAUGUGCUAUUCCAACUUCAACGAUAUCAUCCAGUCCAUCAUCGACAUGGAUGCUGAUGUUAUCACCAUUGAGAACUCCCGGUCUGACGAGAAGCUGCUCUCCGUGUUCCGCGAGGGUGUCAGGUAUGGCGCCGGUAUUGGCCCCGGUGUCUACGACAUCCACUCCCCCAGGAUUCCAUCCACCGAGGAGAUCGCCGACCGCAUCAACAAGAUGCUCGCUGUGCUUGAGACCAACAUUUUGUGGGUAAACCCGGACUGCGGUCUCAAGACGAGGAAGUAUAACGAAGUCGUCCCUGCCUUGACCAACAUGGUGGCGGCAGCCAAGCUCCUCCGCACCCAGUUAGCCAGCACCAAGUGAACGGGUUCCUAGUCAGCUUCUGAGCUCGUCCGCUUUCUUAUCGUUGCCUAACGAGGAAAAGAAAAUUUUUCGAGUUAUGAAAUAUGAAAAUAACGUUUUCUUAGUAGACUGCUGUAACGAUGGGUCAUCCGCGGCCAUUCGGUCCCCAUAUGUUACCUCUCCGGUAUUCAUCGCUUUUCCGUUUUGGGUACUUUUAGUUUGUUUUCUGUUUCCUUUCGUCUUUGGAGAGCGCUAGUGUUUAUGUAAUCUCACCAGAGAAGGAAUGCGAGAAAAAAAAUGUCUGCUAUUUUCUCUUUCUUAUUUUA